AUGGCACAGUACGUGCGCGGCGCCGCCGCCGUGGCCGUCAUCCGCCUGCGCAACCCGCCCGUCAACGCGCUGAGUUUCACAGUUAUCCGGGCCUUGGAGGAUGGACUCAAGAAAGCAGCUGCCGAUCCUUCAGUCAAGGCUAUUAUGAUCUGUGGUGAAAAUGGGAAAUUCAGUGCAGGAGCUGACAUCCGCACRUUCUCCUCUCCCGAGCGGACGGAGACCACCGGCCUGUCCGACCUCGUCUCCCUCAUCGAGGACAGCGAGAAGCCCGUGGUGGCGGCCGUCGAGGGCGUUGCCUUGGGCGGGGGCCUGGAAGUGGCACUCGGCUGCCACUACCGCGUGGCGCACGCGCAGGCACGGAUGGGCUUGCCAGAGGUCACCCURGGGCUCCUUCCAGGUGCUCAAGGCACUCAGCGACUACCCCGACUGAUUGGGCUACCAGCAGCUCUGGAUAUGAUCACAACAGGAAGACACAUUCCAGCAGCAGAGGCACUGAAGCUGGGCCUGGUUGAUGAAGUUGUAGAAGGAAACACAGCUGAGGCUGCAAUUCACUUGGCAAACAAAGUGAUCGGCCAGCCGCUGGGGCCACGGCGGCUCAGCCUGAAGCCGAUGCCGGCGCGGGCCGAGGCGGCGGCCGUGCUCGACGCGGCUCUGGCGAGGGUGAAGCAGCAGGCGCGCGGCUACCUGGCGCCCGAGCUCUGCAUCCGGGCCGUGCGAGCCGCCACGGAGCUGCCCUUCGCCGAGGGCCUCCGCAGGGAGCGGGAGCUCUUCCGCGUGCUGCUCACGUCGGGCCAGGCCAGGGCGCUGCAGUACGCCUUCUUCGCCGAGAGGGCGGUGGAGAAGUGGACGACACCCAAGGGUGCCUCCUGGAAGAGCGCGGCCCCUCGGCCCAUCCACAAGGCAGCCGUGCUAGGCCUGGGAACGAUGGGCCAAGGCAUCGUCACUUGUCUGGUGAGGGCCAACAUUCCCGUGGUGGCUCUGGAGCAGGACCAGGAGCACCUGAACAAGGGCCGGAAGGCGGUGAUGGCCAUUCURGAGCGCGACGCUUCGAAAGCGAAGCAGGGCGCCCGCGCCCCGGACCUCCACAACCCCGCGCGGCUCCGCUUCACACUGGACUUCCAGGCGUUGCGGGAUGUGGAUCUGGUUAUCGAGGCUGUGUUUGAGAACAUGGCUCUGAAGAAGGAAAUCUUCCGCAAGCUGUCGGCGAUCUGCAAGCCGGGCGCCUUCCUCUGCACCAACACGUCAGCCCUGAGCAUUGAUGAAAUAGCUGCUGCCACGAGCUGCCCCGAGCAGGUCAUUGGCACGCACUUCUUCUCGCCYGCUCACGUGAUGAGGCUGUUAGAGAUCAUCUAUGGGCGCCAGACAUCCCCCACCACCAUUGCCACCGCCGUGCAGCUCGCCAAAACGCUGAGGAAAGUCGGCGUGGUGGUAGGGAACUGCCCGGGCUUCGUCGGGAACCGGAUGAUGUUUCCGUACGUGCACCAGGCAGUGUUCCUCCUGGAGGAAGGGAGCACCCCGGAAGCCGUAGAUCAGGUUAUUGAAGAUUUUGGCCUUAAGAUAGGACCUUUCCGAAUGUCCGACCUGGCGGGGCUGGAUGUGGGCUGGAGAUCCCGGACGGAGCAGGGUCUCACCGGAGCCUCGGUGCCCCCGGGGACGCCGGCCCGCCGGCGGGGCGGCCAGCGCUACAGCCCCCUGCCCGACAUCCUUUGCGAGAAGGGCCGGUUCGGCCAGAAGAACGGCCGCGGCUGGUACCAGUAUGAGCGGGCCGGGGGCAGGACRCCUAAGCCCGACCCGUGGCUGAACAACCUCCUGGCCGAGUACAGGGACACCCACCACAUCAAGCCCCGCUUCAUAGACCRGGAGGAGAUCCUGGAGCGCUGCCUCUUUCCCCUCAUCAACGAGGGCUUUCAAAUCCUGGCGGAGGGCAUCGCUUCUGCCCCGGAGCACCUGGAUGUCAUCUAUGUCAAUGGCUACGGGUGGCCAAGGCACGUGGGGGGCCCCAUGUUCUACGCCUCCACGCUGGGGCUGCCUCGCCUCCUGGAUAAGCUCCAGAAGUACUCGGAGGCUCAUCCGGAUGUGCCCAGCCUGCGGCCCUGCGCCUUCCUCAGGAAGCUGGUGGCUCUGGGCAACCCGCCCCUCAAGGAGUGGAUGUCCCACGUGGGCCAGCAGAGCCACAAGCUGUGAUUUCGGGGCCACCCCUGCCGUAAAUCCAAUGGCUGCUGAUCCUGCGAAGCAGGUGCUGUAAUUGCACUGUCUUUUCCAAUCAACGCCAAAGGGCUACAGGCUCCUGGGCAAUAUUCCCGGGCCUUUGGAGAGAGGAAUAACCGCAGUUAUUGACACGUUAUUGACGCACGUUGAUUGCUCUCAACCCCCGCCUUGCCGGGGUGACCUCGGCCAUCCCUGUUCUUCCUCCCCACCACUAGCCCUCACCCACCUCCUCCUCACACUGCUGGCGAGAGGCCCAGCUCCUUUU